UGCGGGGCCCGUGCGGUUCCGGCCGGAGAGCGGAGCGGGCGGACCCGGAAUCACGUGUUUGGCAGCGCCGGGGGAGAGAGAGGGAGGCGGACCCGGAGGAGCCGGAGCCGGAGCCGGAGCGGGAGAGAUGGGGAAAUCCGAGCGGACCAAGAAUCAGAAGAAAGCUCGUGCGAAUGCGAUUCACCUCGCUCAGGAGGAGUUUGUCAAUGUCCCUCACUCCUUUGUCUUUAACCGAGGCCAAGUGGGGCAGAAUGUUCACCAGCUGAUCACAGACAUGAGGAGACUCAUGGAGCCGUUCACCGCCCGUGCACUGAAGGUGCGGAAGAAGAAUUUGCUGAAGGAUUUUGUCGCAGUGGCCGGACCACUUGGUGUGACACAUUUCUUAAUUUUUACCAAAUCGUCGACUUGUGUGAAUUUUAAAAUGGCCCGUUUACCUAGAGGACCUACACUCUCAUUCAAAGUUCACCAGUAUUCCUUGGUGAAAGACGUCAUCUCGUCCUUGAAGAGACACCGGAUGCAUGAGCAGCAGUUUAAUCAUCACCCUCUGCUGGUGCUGAAUAACUUUGGAGGGGAUGGAAUGCAUAUCAAGCUGAUCGCCACCAUGUUUCAGAAUAUGUUCCCGUCAAUCAACGUCUAUAAGGUUGGAUUAAAUGCCAUUAAGCGCUGUGUCCUGAUCAGUUACAACCCCGACACACACAUGAUUGACAUCAGGCACUACUCCAUUAAAGUAGUUCCUGUGGGGAUGAGCCGGGGGAUGAAGAAACUGCUCCAGGAGAAAUUCCCCAACAUGAGCAGGUUUGAAGAUAUCAGUGAGCUGCUUAUAAAGGGAGCCAACCUCUCUGAGAGUGAAGCUGAACAGGACGGAGAUCACAAUGUCACUGAGCUGCCUCAGGUGUACGCAGGGCGUGGGAACCUGAAGGCCCAGCAGAGCGCCAUUCGGCUCACCGAGAUUGGCCCUCGAAUGACCCUGGAGUUGGUGAAGAUUGAAGAGGGGAUGUGCGAUGGACAAGUGAUGUAUCAUGCAUUUGUUCAAAAGACAGAGGAUGAAGUCCAAAAGAUGCUUCAGCAGCGAGAGAAGCGACUGAAACUGAAAGAGAUGAGACAGAAAAAGCAAGAAGGAGACAUCCAACGCAAGCGGGAGGAGCGGGAGCUGCACAAGAAAAAGAGUCUGGCUGGAAUGAAGAGGAAGAAGCUUCAAGAUAACGAUGCUGAAGGGGACCUUGAGGCUGAAGAUCCGUGUACUGAGGAGAGAACACAGAGUGACCAGUCCGAUGCUGAUUCAGAUCGAGAAUAUUACAGACAGGAAGUUGGAGUGGAGCCAGAUGAUGAUCUAUUUCCAGCAGCUUCACACAGGAAAAGGAAGAGGGGCAAAUCCCCACAAUCAGUCAGGAAACAGAAGAGGGCUAAGGGCCCGGAUAAAGCAGACAGCAAGAAACACACCAGCCAAUAUUCAGACAGAAAAAGCAAAAAGAGUUCACGAGGGAGGAAGACCAGGCUUGUUGGGACUCGCCUGGUUAAUUCCAAGCUCAAGGGCUCCGUACUCGGGAGUAAAGCUGUAUUCAAGGGCAAGGGUCAUCGGGGUCUGGGCUCCAAGGACAAAGGUCAAUCCAAGGGCAAAGGUCAACGCCCAAGUGCCAAAGGCAAAGCUAAAUAUCAGAGAAGACCCAGAAGAGAACGUUGUUUUAAACAGGAAUGGAGAUCAAGGAGCUGGUCACGGUCUCUAAUUGCAGAGCCAGGUCAACUCAAAGAGAACACUUUCCUUUUAAAGGAGGAGCGAGUAGGAGCAGCACUGAUACUGGACUGCUGGAGACGAGUGAAAAUGACAGAAGGAGUGAAUACUCGGCCCAAUAAUGCUUCGUUCGCUGAAAUCCAGAGGGCAUUACUCCCCCCGGUAUUUGGCAUCGAGUUUAUUUGGGCUUCUUUCAUCAACUCUUUGGCUAUCUGGCUGUUCCUUAGCCGAGCAAAGCACUGGCAUGCCGGACUUACAUACGCCUUUUGCCUGGCUCUGAAUGACCUGUUGUAUGUCACCACACUGCCCCUGUUAGUGAUUUAUUAUGCCAAUAAUAAGGACUGGAUCUUUGGGAAGGGGUUUUGUAAAAUUGAAAGAUUCCUGUUCACCUGUAACCUGUAUGGGAGCAUGUUCCUCAUCGCCUGUAUCAGUCUGAAUCGCUACCUGGCCAUUGUACACCCCAUGUUCAGCCGCAAUCAUGCCCAGACUAAAUAUGCCAAGAUUGUCAGUCUGACUGUCUGGUUUCUGGCCAUUGCUAUAACCUCGCCGACACUUUACUUCUCCACAGUCAGUGUGAAUGGGACCAAGACAGAAUGCUUGGGUUCCUCCAGCGAUGAGUUGCUGCCUGUAUAUUUCCCCUACAGUCUGUUUCUGGCUGUCUUUGGCUGUGCUUUCCCCUUUGCGGUGACUCUUCUUUCCUACAUGUGCAUUUUCAGGGAGAUCCGCAGCAGCCAGAGUGUAAACCGGUCAGAGAGGAGGCAGGUAGCUCUCCUGGUCUGUGUUGUCAUCGUGUUGUACACUAUAUCCUUCAUCCCAUACACCCUACUGAGGAAUCUCAAUAUGUACCGGCGCUUACACAGAUUGGACGGAGAAAAAAAUCCCAGCCCCAGCCCCAUAUACAUAGGCUACCAGGUGAGCAAGUGUCUGCUCACUCUCAGCAUGUGCAUCCACCCGCUACUGUACGCCUCCCUAUUUCAGCGCCUCAGGAGCAUGUGUAUGAGCUGUGCCCAGCAGAAACUCCCCACAGAGGAAUCUCGAUGUUAAGAUGGGUUCCAGCUCACCAGGAUUCAUCCUUCAAUGGGCCAGAUAAUAUAUUUAACAAUUUAUACUCGGGACGUGGAUGUCACUGAUAUUUAUCUUGCUGGGCAGUCAAGACUGAACCAUAUUGCUGUGGGUAUGGAGUCCAG